UCCAAAGAUGACUAAAGUCUUCCUCCCUUAGCCUGCCUGCCGAAGAGAAAUUGACGAGGCAAGCUCGUUUGACCCCUCUCUCUCUCUCUCUCUCUCUCUCAAGCAGCCAUCUGAGAAAUUUCAACACGUUCAUUCCUGAUUUAGCUUUCCUCUCUCUUCCCCGCCACAAUUAAAAGGGAGGGAUAAUCCUUCCCCUUGAUCAUCAUCAUCAUCUUCUCAUCAGGAUUCAAGAAUCCUUGCAACGUCAGUUUUGCAUCCAAAUCCGUCCUCAACAACAUGAACGACCUCUUGUCCCGCUCCUUCUCUCCCUCCCGCGACAACGGCGACUUUCAUGACAUCGAGCUGACCGCCGGCGGCGGUGGCGCAGGUGCCAACCUCGACAAGUUCUUCGAGGAUGCCGAGUCGAUCAAGGACGAGCUCAAGGAGCUGGAGACCCUCCAACGGCGGCUCCAGUCCUCCCACGAGCAGAGCAAGACGCUGCACAACGCGAGGGCUGUGAAGGACCUGAGGGCCCGCAUGGACUCCGAUGUGGCCACGGCCCUGAAGAAGGCCAAGGUAGUGAAGGUGAGGCUCGAGGCCCUCGACCGGGCCAACACCACGAACCGGAACCUCCCCGGGUGCGGGCCAGGGUCGUCGUCGGACCGCACGAGGACAUCGGUGGUGCACGGGAUGAGGAAGAAGCUGAAGGACAACAUGGAGGCUUUCAACAGGCUGAGGGAGAAGAUAUCGUCGGAGUACAAGGAGACGGUGAAGCGGAGGUACUUCACGGUCACCGGAGAGGACCCGAACGAGAGGACGGUGGAUCUCCUGAUUUCUACCGGCGAGAGCGAGACAUUCUUACAGAAAGCGAUCCAGGAACAAGGCCGGGGCAGGGUCCUGGACACCAUCCAAGAGAUCCAGGAGAGGCACGACGCGGUGAAGGACAUGGAGAGGAACCUCAAGGAGCUGCACCAGGUCUUCCUGGACAUGGCCGUCCUGGUCCAGUCCCAGGGCGAGCAGCUGGACGACAUCGAGAGCCAGGUGGCGAGGGCCAACUCGCUCGUGCAGCAGGGGACCGGCCACCUCCAGGAGGCGCGGUGGUACCAGAAGAACUCCCGCAAGUGGACUUGCUUCGGGAUCACCCUCGUGCUGCUGAUCAUCUUGCUGGUCGUGCUCUUUGUCGUGCAGCCUUGGAAAAACUAGCAGCGCCGCCGCACGGCGCGAGGACUGACGGCGUUUGGCAGUCUUUUUUCGGAGUCUUGGUUGGACUGUUCCUAGCGUGGAGACGCGUGUGAAUAUAGAGUGGACCUUUUGGUUUUGAGCAUACUUAUUCUUUAUGUAUUUUCGCUAGAUCAGCGAAUUUCAUUGAUUUGAACA